CGCCAUGGAGCUGGCGGCGGCCCUGCCGCUCGGGGAGCUGGCGGCCGCCUUCGCGGCGCUGCCCGUGUUCCCGCUGUUCGACACCGCGUACUUCAUCGUCUCCGUCCUCUACCUCAAGUACGAGCCAGGGGCUGUGGAGAUGUCUCGCAAGAGCCCUUUUGCCUCCUGGCUUUGUGCUAUGCUCCACUGCUUUGGAAGUUACAUCCUUGCUGAUCUGUUACUUGGAGAAUCACCUAUUGAUUACUUCAGUAACAACUCCAGUGUCAUCCUGGCCACAGCAGUCUGGUAUUUGAUAUUCUUCUGUCCCAUGAACCUCUUCUACAAGUGUGUCAGCUUUCUGCCUGUGAAGCUCAUCUUUGUGGCUAUGAAGGAGGUGGUCAGAGUUCGCAAGAUUGCAGCUGGGGUCCACCACGCUCACCACCACUACCACCACGGCUGGUUCAUUAUGAUGGCUAUUGGAUGGGUCAAAGGUUCUGGUGUUGCUUUGAUGUCUAACUUUGAGCAACUGCUCCGUGGGGUCUGGAAGCCAGAAACAAAUGAAAUUCUUCGUAUGUCCUUCCCUACAAAGGCUAGUCUGUAUGGCACAGUCCUCUUCACUCUGCAACAGACUCACUGGCUCCCUAUCUCUGAAGCCAACCUCAUCUUCUUUUUCACCAUGUUCAUGAUAGUUUGCAAGGUUUUCAUGACGGCAACUCACUCUCACGCCUCACCUUUUGCUCCGGUGGAAAACUUCAUCUGUCCAGUUUUCUUCGGCUCCGUUUCCAGUGGACACAGCAGUCACCAUCACGAUCACCAUGGAGCCUCCCAUGAGGUUUCCCAUCCUCCGCCGCCUCCUGCCAAGUCAAAAGAAGAGCUAAAUGAAGGCACAAGAAAACGGAAAGCCAAGAAAGCUGAAUAAAGAAGCAACCACACAGUAAAUAGGCCAGGAAAAUUCUUCCAGAACUGAGUCUCAAAGCCACCUGUGACCUCCUUAUCCUCCAAUCCUUCUCUCUCAGACUCCAGGAGAGGCGGAAGCCAGGAUACUGCAAGGCGGGUCCCUGAAUUUCAUUUGUGCUCUCUGUGCUGCUGCUGGUCGCUCUAUUCUGAUCACAUUGUUGGGGAUUCGUAGGUUUGGGUCAGGAUAAGUGGGUGCCAGUUCCCAAGCUGUCAGCAGCUACGAUGCAGCUCAUUCAACUGAUGUAAAAUCUUUCACUGUGGUUAUUUAUGAAUGGAGGUGAUGGUUUGUGCUCCCACAACUCUUAAAUCCCUUAGAGUUUUCAUUGACCUUUUUAAUGUCUACCAAAAGAACAAACUGUUUAGAUGCAAUCAAUGUGGAAAUUGGAUUUUAUACUCAAUGAAAUGCAAUGAGUCUCACAUGAGCCUGAUCUAAUUUUCCCUAGCUCCCACAUCUGCCAUAUCUCCAAUUAAUAUGACAUUUCAGAUGCAGUAAGGACACUGACUCUGGUGUCCUGGCCAAGCUCUGUUUCUCUCACUGAAUUUCCCUCUGAUAAUGGAUAGAACAUUGUCACUUUCUUACCUAAGUCUGUGUUUGCAAGAGCUUUGAAGCUGUGAAACGCUCCGAGUGCUAUGUACUGGUACUGUUAGUAUUCUACACUGUUAUGUAGCGUUGCUGCAUGUUGUUAAGUGUGUCCCACCUCAAACCUGAUCAUACUGAACUAAGCACGUUUGUGGUUUGUAAGCCUGUGGGAUACAAGAAGGGUGUGUGAGUGUAAAUAAGUAUUUAUUACUAUUUAUUUAUAAUUGCCAGGGCACCUAAUUCAUGGACCUGAAUGUGGCUUUUUAAAAAUGGUGCAUCUCUCUAUAGGGAAUAGGAUAUUUCUAAGUGUGGUCCUGAGCCCACAGCCACACACUGGUUUGUGCCUGAAGCAGUGAUUUUGGUGUGCUUUUCACCCUUUAUAUCUUCUUAAGUGAAGAUGUAAAGGCUGAAGAAGUGGAUGCCAUACCAGCUGAUUGAAACUGCUUUAAAGGACUGAUAGCUGGAGAUGCAGAUUAUCCCUUGUAGGUCCAUUUUGGCCAAACUACUGGUUUGUGAAAACAGCUUGUGCCGUCCCUUGUUCAGAGAGGAACCUGUCAGUUCUGCUUAGUGAAUACUGGCUUUUAGACUAGUUUUAAGCUGUUCUUAUCACUGAUUCUGUUCUCAGAAGUGUCAUCAUCCAAGGGCUGGGAUCACUGCAGUGACAAUAGCAUGUGUGGGGACAGAGCACUGAGCUUUCAGUUAGGCAGCAUGUGCCAUCCCUAGCAAUAAGCUUUGCUGCUGUCAUUUUGCAACUGGGAAUGGAAAGAGGAUUGAAGGGAUUGAAGAAAAGCAGGUUUGAGGUUUUUUGUGUCCCUGUUAAAAUGGCACUUGAUGGUUAAUUAAAAAAUUGAAUAAAAAUCCAUACUGUAUCCAACCAGCUGGAAGCCAGGACAAAGGCGAAAUGAUUUGAUUCUAUUCUUUGAUUUGUGGGGCUGGGCUUUGACAGUGCCUUAAUUUUGUGAGUUUUCCUCCCCCUGUAGAAAACAGGAAUUCCACCUGACAACUCAACUGUCUGGUUCUGCUGCUCUGCCGAAACCUGAUGUCUCACUGGCAUGCACAAGACUAGAACUGCUUUAUGAGAUGCCCGAUUAAGAGCAAUUUUGUUUUAUAAAAGCUGCCAACUAAUAAAACUUGUGAAGUGAC